GUUUUGUUUUGCGAGUUUUUCCGUCCGUUUCGACUGACCUGGAAUCAAGUUAAUGAGCUUAAAAGAGCACGGAAUGAUAUUCGUGUGAAUUGCAUUGCCGGUAACCGCUCAAGUGUCCAAGCAGAGAAAAAAAGCCCGAGCUGUUUGAAGCGGAGGAACUCCACCGUUUCACUUCAGAGUAACCCGAGAGCUCCUUCCUGCUAAGCUAACGUUACCGAGCUAGCCAGCGCGGCUGGCGUUGGACUCUGGUUUGUGUUGUGCAGAAAGGAGCUCUCCGAGCCCACGGAGCCAUGGGGAACCGGGGCAUGGAAGACCUGAUUCCCCUCAUCAACAAGCUUCAAGACGCCUUCAGCGCCAUUGGCCAGAGUUGUAAUUUGGACCUUCCUCAGAUUGCUGUGGUUGGUGGACAGAGCGCCGGAAAGAGCUCCGUCUUGGAGAAUUUUGUUGGCAGGGACUUUCUUCCACGUGGAUCAGGCAUUGUUACCCGGAGGCCUCUCAUUUUGCAGCUGUUCUACAAUAAAUCAGAAUAUGCUGAAUUCCUGCACUGCAAAGGGAAGAAGUUUGUGGAUUUUGAUGAAGUGCGGUCGGAGAUUGAGGCAGAGACCGAAAGGAUAACGGGCUCCAACAAAGGCAUCUCUCCCAUCCCGAUUAACCUGAGGGUCUACUCCCCAAACGUGCUGAACCUGACCCUGAUUGACCUUCCGGGAAUGACUAAGAUUGCCGUCGGAGACCAGCCUGUCGACAUAGAACACCAGAUCAGAGAUAUGCUGAUGCAGUUCAUCAGCAAGGACAGCUGUCUGAUCCUGGCCGUCACACCUGCCAACACUGACCUCGCCAACUCUGACGCUCUGAAGAUCGCCAAGGAGGUGGACCCACAGGGUCUGCGUACCAUUGGUGUAAUAACAAAACUGGACCUGAUGGAUGAAGGGACGGAUGCAAAGGACAUCCUGGAAAAUAAGCUCCUGCCACUGCGUAGAGGCUACAUCGGCGUGGUGAACCGCAGUCAGAAAGACAUCGAAGGGAAGAAGGACAUUCGCGCUGCUCUGGCUGGAGAGAGGAAGUUCUUCCUGUCCCACCCUGGCUACCGGCAUCUGGCAGAUCGUAUGGGCACUCCGCAUCUACAAAAGGCCCUCAACCAGCAAUUGACCAACCACAUCAGAGACACUCUCCCAGGUCUGCGCAGUAAGCUGCAGAGUCAGCUCCUCUCGCUGGAGAAGGAGGUGGAGGAGUACAAGAACUUCCGUCCAGAUGACCCAACACGCAAGACCAAGGCCUUGUUGCAGUUGGUGCAGCAGUUUGGUGUGGACUUUGAGAAGUGCAUUGAGGGCUCUGGGGACCAGGUGGACACCAACGAGCUUUCGGGUGGCGCCAAAAUCAAUCGCCUCUUCCAUGAACGCUUUCCCUUUGAACUGGUCAAGAUUGUGUUUGACGAGAAGGAGUUGAGGCGAGAAAUCAGUCACGCCAUCAAGAACGUCCAUGGUGUCAGAACGGGGCUGUUUACUCCAGACCUGGCGUUUGAGGUCAUCGUGAAAAAGCAGAUCGUUAAGCUGAAAACGCCCUGUCUCAAAUGUAUCGAUCUGGUCAUUCAGGAGCUCAUCAACACAGUCAGGCAGUGCACCAACAAGCUCAAUUCCUACCCCAGACUGAGAGAGGAGACCGAGAGGAUCGUCACAACCCACGUCAGGGAACGAGAAGGGAAGACUAAGGACCAGGUUCUGCUGCUGAUUGACAUUGAGCUGGCGUACAUCAACACCAAUCAUGAGGACUUCAUAGGCUUUGCCAAUCUUGACUACAGAAGGCUGGAAGAUGGUAGCUCCCCAGGGUACAGCAACAACAGUGCCCAGCAGAGGAACACCGCUGCAAACAAGAAGAGGGCCGUACCCAACCAGCUUGUCGGACUGGGAGAAGUCCACGAGGAGAAGGUGAUCAGGAAAGGCUGGCUCACCCUCAAUAUCAGCAUCAUGAAGGGAGGCUCCAAGGAGUACUGGUUUAUCCUGACUGCUGAGUCCCUGUCCUGGUACAAAGAUGAUGAGGAGAAAGAAAAGAAGUAUAUGCUGCCCCUGGAUAACCUGAAGCUCAGAGAUAUGGAGAAAGGCUUUAUGUCGACUAAGCACGUCUUCGCAAUCUUCAACACUGAGCAGAGGAACGUGUACAAGGAUCUUCGGCAGGUAGAACUGGCCUGUGACUCUCAAGAGGAUGUCGACAGCUGGAAAGCGUCCUUCCUCAGGGCCGGAGUUUAUCCGGAGAAGGACCAGACGGAAAACGACGACUCUGCCUCUGCGGACACAUUCUCCAUGGAUCCUCAGUUGGAGCGGCAGGUGGAAACCAUCCGCAACCUGGUGGAUUCGUACAUUGGCAUCAUCAACAAAUCCACCAAAGACCUCGUGCCCAAGACCAUCAUGCACCUCAUGAUCAACAGUGCAAAGGACUUCAUCCACUCGGAGCUGCUGGCCUACCUCUACUCAUCUGGGGACCAGAACAGCCUCAUGGAGGAAUCGGCUAGCCAGGCCCAGCGUAGAGACGAAAUGUUACGCAUGUAUCAUGCACUCAAGGAGGCGCUGGUCAUCAUUGGAGACAUCAGCACCGGUACCAUCUCCACCCCAGUGCCCCCGCCCAUAAAUGACAGCUGGAUCCAAGAAUCCAGCCCAACCCCUCAGCGCCGGCAGCCCGCUGCAGCUGCCCCGGCCCCAAACCGCCCGCCUGCUGCUCGGGGCCCGACGCCAGGACCGCCCAUGAACCCUUCCCCUGCUUUUGGGGCUUCACUCAACCCCUCUCCCGCCUUUGGCGCACCACCAAUCCCCUCUCGCCCAGGACCACCAAUCAACACUUUCAGCAGCCACCAGGAUCCCUUCAGCGCCCCCCCGCUCAUCCCCUCCCGACCAGCCCGCGUCCCACCCGGUGUACCGAGCCGAAGACCCCCCGGUGCUCCUUCUCAUCGGCCCACCAUUAUCCGCCCCGCCGAGCCCUCUCUUCUAGACUAGACUUGUAGCCAAGCGUAUGUGUGUGUGUGUGUGCGUGCACGCGUUUGUGUUGUGGGUGUGUAUAUUCUGCACACUAAAGGCCAGAGGCGGGGCUCGAGGGGAGGGGCUGACUGAUAGCGGUGCAUGAUGAGCAUCGCUCGGCCGUAUUAACGUGUCUCUUCACGCGAUGUAAUGAGCUGCUAAUACCAUCUUUAUCAGUGCACAUGGAUGACAGAAAGCCCCUGCUGUGGAAAUUGUGUAAUACAGAAUAAAACCCAGCUGAUCUGUGGGAUACAUCUAGCUUCUAUCGGUCGGAGACGAUGUAUUGAAUUCAGUUCAGGUUUUUUAUAAUAAUAACUGGUUUAUGUCAUCUGACGAGGUUCCCAGCAGAAGCUUGUUGAAUAACUUAACUGUUGCAGGCUGGCUUUCCUCUCUCCUCCCUCCACCUUUUCCAUUGGCCCAGACGCCCAUCUGCUCUCUCUGUAAUACACACACUUAACCUGUUGUUAAUGUUUUUACUGCGUCCUCAUUUAAUAACUGAUUCAUAAUGAAAAACAAUAUCUUAUUGUCACUGUUGUCAUUCUGGUGCUGUCACUUACCUUUUUUCCCCCCCCUUGUGUAAUUUUAUUUGACUGGCUUUGGCCUCUUUUAAUGACCGUCAUAAAUGUAGCUUUAAAAGUGAAAUCCUAAUCGCAGAAACGGCAAAGGAUAUGGCAUCGCAGUGCAGGGUUGCGUGCGACUGAGAGAGUAGCGUGAAUCCCCCUAAUUCCACAAUGAAUCCACCAGAUUGAUUAUAAUCCAAGCACUUCUCGCCAUGUAGCCCGACAACAAGCCACUCGUCACGUUGUAUUCCGUUCCCGGAGCGCUCUCCACAGGGACGGGGACAGGCGGAAGGCUUUCUGCACUUUGCCAGACGCUUUCUCGCCAGUAAUUCUCCGUUUUUAAAACCUUGAAUUGUAAUCCCUUCAGUCUCCGUUGAACCCCGAUGAGACCUUCAGCCUUUGGGUCGACUCUGUUCAUUCCUGGAUUAACUGAUUGUUCUAGAGCAGAGCACACAGCGCAGCGUCCUCUCAGAGAGGAGCAAACUCGGUGAAGCGGGAUGUGUCGUAGACGAGUUUGUUUUAGAGAAUAAAGAUGGUAUUAAGCGUUUAGGAGUUGGCACAUCUCUUUCUUGGCUUAGCAGUCAUUUAUUUUUGCUAUCCAUUCUGCUUCCAUGCAUUAAAUAUAUUGUAUAUAUCUGGCCUAUACCGGGGAGUGAGCACUUGUAUCAUUUAAUCGCAGGUGCUAUUGGUUCUAAUCAAAGACCCGCCGUGUUAAAGAGCAACUGUAGUGGUCGGAUUAAAGGAAGCACUAACUGUCAUUUCCUCGAGUAGCCUGUGGUGCAGGGGAAAGGAGAUCGGUCAUCUCCUGAUGCGUUAUUUAUAAUCAGGGCAUUUGUCAUUUCAUUUGAUGUUUUUGGUUGCAGUGGUACAUCUCAGCUCUGCAGCUUCUCCUGGACUUUAUUGUGGGGUUCUGCAACAAGGAUUUGCUGUCUACAUGUGUUGAAUGUUGGGAGGACACUUGGGGUUCGACACGUCAACGACACAGCUGUGAUUAUAUGAUGAUGAAUUUAGUUUGGAUUGCUCUUUGAGGGUAUUUGGCCAAAAAGACGAUCGAGGGGAAAGGUGUCUGGACGGUUUUUAAUUAGCCAGAAGCAAAAGGCACAAAAAAACUGUAGAGAAUUCAAAACCAAAUUGUCAGCCUCUUGAGACGGAGUGUGCGUCCUCUUCCUCCGCUGUGUUUCUCUACAGGCUUUCAGUGACAGUGCCAGAGGGAUUAGAAUAAGAUUAUAAAACAGCCCAGAAUCUUUCGAUGGAAGACGCUUCACAUGAAACGAACCCUUCAAAGGUUACUUCAUGUGAUGCACGUCUUAUUGGCCAAAGUCGGUUGCAGCCUGCCUCUGAGAAGCCCCGACUGUAAUGCCCUGUGCUUCAUAGGCUGUGGUCAUACUGCCCUUCUUCCUAAUGGUUGUACCCUGCCUCCUUUUCCCUUUCCCUCCCCUCCGCUGUCUGGUGGAAGGGGUUGGAAACCAACCUGUACAUUUUUUUUUUUUGCAAACCCUUGUCAAGUGCCUCUGUAGCAAUUAAUUGAUUUGAAUGAACAUGACCUGAUUUAGGAUGGAGAUUAAAUAAAGAGGUGUUGUGUACAAUAAAGGGACUGGCUCUGGUG